AUGCCAAUCAAUCUCAAUAUUACCGUCAGGACGAUCUUCCUCCUCCUCGUCGCCUCAUGCCAAAGCGCGGCAGCGUUGAGGCCUUCUCUCAGUGAACCCUGCAUGGUGACAGAUUUUCCGGCAUUAUGCAGAGGCACCAUUAAUGGUCAAACGAAUGUAAACGCAGCCACGGAUGUGGCAAUAAGAGAGCUAAUGAAGCGGACGAGGCAUGCCAGAGAUAUCGCCAAGAAAGAGCUGAGAGUGCUUGACGGAGGAGUCGCGACUUGUUUGUCCAACUUCAAUAGCGCGUUUGAUAAUUUGGACAAGGCACUUAAGAACGUUAAGGAAAAUGAUGGUUUUAGCCUCAACAUUAACCUUAGCGCUGCGUUAACUGACUACGAUACUUGCAGCGAGGCAAUGAAGGGAAGUAAGGAAAUUAACGUUGUUUAUAAAUCAGCCGGUGUUUUGUACAAAAUGGCUGAUAAUUGCUUGGCGCUUUCUACCCUCGUUAAGCUUUAAUUUGUAAAGGAUAAAUGUGGAUUCCGGGUAAAGAAAAAACAUCUUGAUUAUAUGGGUCUAUUUUUUGUUCUAAGUCUUCUACAAUUUG